UUCUUUUUUUAUAAAAGCAACCACGCGAUUUGCAACUGAACGCUGAUUUCCAUGGACAUUCCAGCAGUGCAAACGAUUAUCCUGUGUCCGCCAAGAGCUGGCUGUGGAUGUGCUGGACGCCGAUGGAAAUUUCACGCGCGGCUUUGUGGUGGAUCGCUCGGAAGAUGGUCUCCUGGUGGAUUUCAACUGCUCCAAGCGGCAACAAGAAACAGUAGCAUUCGACAAAUGUUUUAUAAUGGACGACGAUUUAGAUGAACAGAUUACUGACACGAGCGACAUUGCAGAGAACAUGGAAGUGUUACUGCGGUUAGCGGAAGACCAACCCGAACGAUGGUACCCAUGUAAAGUUCUAUCCCUCCAAUCGCAGACGGGCUGGGUCUACCCGGAAUGGGAUGGUCGACCAACCGGCAACGGGUGGCAGUUGGCGACCGUGACCAGUAACGCUUUCGAUAAUUCACUGGUGGUUAACGACGGACCGUUCUGGCAGCGUCGACGUUUGCGACAGCGUGUACCCCGUAAUGCGGCGACCGCGGAGACGGUCCAGAAGGUAACCGUCAAUCUCUCACCCGCAUCCAUUGAAGCUCUUCGGCACUGCAACAACUCUGAGUUUCGAUACCGCUGGAUGAACCAUACCGGGACGGUGUUAAUGGGCAUUCAAAACGACGUUGCUGUAGUGCUGUGCCGGCGCGAUAUGCUCGAGUCGGUUUGGUCGGAAGGUUGUGAAGACAUUCCACAAGAGCUGCUGGCUUAUGCCCUUGCUAUUGAUAAAACUGCAAUGGAGCGUGAUGUUUACGUUUCAUCCGCAGCCGAUGUUUGUGCUGACUAUACGAGUAAUUUCGAAGAUAUAACCGAGGAUAUUCUGAUGGAAUUAUGUUCGUAUUUCGACAUUUACGAACGACAGAUCAUUAAAAAAGUGUCGGUAUUUUGGCAUAGUGUUUUAUCAUGGCAGUCUCUGGACAAACAACUCAUCGUGCGGGCCAGCAGCUGCAUCAACAACUCCUACGAUCUAGCGCUGGCUAUUCACAAAACUGCUACCCGGGCCACGCGUUGCAUCUACCUAAUCGGAAACUAUCACCGAUGCGUUGUCGCACUGACACGCAUUUUACAGCAUAAGAGCAUCUUCCUCAAUCAUUUGAUAAUAGCUGAUAACGAGUACGUCGCUCCGGAUGAUUUCGUCGACUGCUACCGCACCUACGUUCUCCGCCCGGAAGUGCGGGAUACAUGUGGCGUGAUAAUUUUGCACCGCUGUCAGAUUCUCAUUGAGCGUUGUAUGUUACUCCACGAUGGCAAAACGGGGACGUUGCCGUGUGGAUAUGUCUGCACGUUAUUCAACUGUCAGACAGAUGAACUUCGACUGCAGAGUCGAAAUGCGGAUCCUCUGCAGUGGACCCUGGAUUUCUUCGAGAAACUCGAUACGUUGUGUCCACCAAACGAGGCAGACAGAGAAGCGCUGGACAAACGGAUGGAGGUGGUGGAUAUUUUGGGUUUUGUAUCCGACGGGCAUUUCGAUCUAUUGGCCCAGUGCUUGCAAAAGUUGCAUGUGGAGCCGCCGGAACGUAAUUUGAACUGGCUGAAGGCAGUGCAACGUGGUCGCCCUUUGUGGCCCUAUCCGAAUUUGGGAUAUCACGCCGUGUGCGGAUGGUUGCAAGUCAUCCAGUUUGCUGAAUAAUACAAUACUACCAAGGAAGUGGCUGUUUCCUUCUGUUGAGAAGCGAUAUAAAAAUCUGCGCUUGCAAUAAUUGCCGUAGCAGUGGCGGAAAUGUUAUCUCAGUGAUGUACGCAAGAACAAACAUUUUUAAGUUUUACUCUUAAGUUGCUUUUUAAGUUUUAUGGUAAAUCUCAAAGAUUAUACAUAUUUAAUGAACUGCAGGUAUUGAAUUAUCUAUGCGCUCUUACAAGACGGUAUUGGUUGAUUGGUUUACUUCUUAAUUUAACAUUUAAGCACUAUUAUU